AUGCUUUCAAGGUCAUGGUGUGGUCAACUCUCGCUUGUAAAUCGACUUUUACUUCGAACAACGGUUUCGGGAUGGGAGCGUUUAUAUGAAGUCAAGAAAGAAAUCAAGAAGAAGCGGGAGCACGUACUUCUUGGUGGCGGUCAAAAACGCAUCGAUGCGCAGCAUAAGCGUGGGAAGCUCACCGCGCGUGAACGAAUAGAUAUUCUUCUUGAUGAUAAUAGCUUCACUGAAUAUGAUGCUUUCAUGGAGCAUAAUUGCACAAACUUUGGAAUGGCAACAAAUAAGAUUCCAUGUGAUAGUGUUGUCACGGGUCACGGCACAAUUAACGGUCGUAGGGUAUUCUUGUAUAGGUUCGUAUGGUUUCUCCGUUUUUUGGUCAUAGUUUUGUUUAUUUUUCGUAGUCAGGACUUCACGGUAUACGGUGGCAGCCUAGGUAUGGUGCAUUCCCAGAAAAUCUGCAAAAUAAUGGAGCAGGCGAUGCUGAUAGGUGUUCCUAUUAUUGGUCUUAAUGACUCCGGAGGUGCCCGGAUUCAAGAAGGUGUUGAUUCUCUCGCCGGUGUCUCAGAGAUCUUUCAGCGCAACGUGGAUGCUUCUGGCGUUGUCCCACAAAUAUCCCUCAUUAUGGGUCCAUGUGCUGGCGGUGCCGCGUAUUCUCCAGCGCUCACGGAUUUUAUUUUCAUGGUCCGGGACACCUCCCAUCUCUUCAUUACCGGUCCUGAUGUCGUGAAACAGGUCACAAAUGAGACACUAACUCAGGAAGAACUGGGAGGUUCUAAAACUCACACCACUGUCUCUGGUGUUGCUCACAGAGCUUUUGACAACGAUGUGGAUGCUCUGCUUUCCCUACGAGAGUUUCUCACCUUCCUGCCUUCCAGCAAUCGUGAAAUGCCUCCUCACAGGGAGUGUCACGAUCCGGUGGAUCGUUUGGUUCCAUUUCUUGAUCACGUCGUCCCAAAGGACCCGUCAUCUCCUUAUGAUAUGCGCAAGGUCAUCCACGUGGGGUUUCUUUACGGAUGUUGGAAGACUCGGAAAGAAGGAUUUGCCCAACAGGCUAUCGUGGACGAAUCGGAUUUUUUCGAGCUAAUGCCCACACAUGCACCCAAUCUCCUCACCGGCUUUGCGCGUCUGGCCGGCCGGCCAGUGGGUAUUGUGGCUAAUCAGCCCACCGUUGCCGCGGGCUGUGUGGACAUCAACGCGGCCGUGAAGGGAGCUCGAUUCGUUCGCUUCUGCGAUGCCUUCGGUUUUCCCUUGGUCAACCUGGUCGAUGUUCCUGGUUUUUUGCCGGGUGUUGGCCAGGAGGCUGGGGGCAUAAUUCGCCACGGGGCAAAGCUGAUAUUUGCCUACUGUGAGGCCAGUGUACCUAAAAUGACGGUGAUCACACGGAAGGCGUAUGGUGGGGCAUAUUGCGUGAUGGGCUCGAAGCAUCUGCGGGGCGAUGUGAACUAUGCCUGGCCUAGCGCAGAGAUCGCGGUUAUGGGAGCAAAGGGCGCCGUACCAAUCGUCUUUCGCGACGAGCUUGGUGCGGCGGAGUCGACGGCCAAACUGGAGGCCACCUACGAGCGUGCCUUCGCUAGUCCAUUUCCAGCAGCGGCGCGUGGCUAUCUGGAUGACAUCAUCGAGCCAUGCACCACCCGAGCUCGACUCUGCGCUGACCUGGACCUCUUGAAGGACAAACGCGUACCUACUGCUAAUCAGUACCCACGAAAACAUGCCAAUAUGCCGCUUUGA